CUGGUGUCAGUCUGUCAUGUCAGUCGGCCUCAAAAUGGUUGGGGAACUUUGUGUCAUGGCUUCUAGAACUUCUAAUAGGUUUAUUAUUUGAUUAAAAAUUCGAAAAUAACGAAGAAAAUCGAGUAUUUUUGUGUUGAUUUAAGAGCAAAUUGUGUCAAAAACUCCAUAGCAUACUUCGAGUUUCAGUUCAACCCGGGGUGCUCUUCCUAGAAUGGCCACAGCCAUUCAAAAGAAUGGUAUAAAGCCUCUAACUAAUGGAAAUAAUGGCUUAGUGCUGCAUAAUAGCUACAAUAAUAUGAUCCCAACUCAAUAUGAAAAUCCUGAAAUUAAAGAUGAACCCAUUGACCAAGAAGUCGAAGUUAAAUUAGAACCACAACCAGAAGCACGACCAGAAGAAUGUGAGCCAGAAAUAGACAUUGUGAUAAACAACGUUGUGUGUAGUUUUAGUGUAAGGUGCCACUUGAACCUUCGGGAAAUAGCCCUAAACGGAACUAAUGUGGAAUAUCGUAAAGAAAAUGGUAUGAUUACCAUGAAGUUACGUCGUCCCUACACAACGGCCAGUAUUUGGUCUUCGGGUAAAAUUACCUGUACCGGGGCUACAAGUGAAGACGCGGCCAAACAAGCAGCUAGGAAGUUCGCGCGUUGUUUGCAAAAACUAGGAUUUAAUGUUAAAUUUAAUAAUUACAGGGUGGUCAAUGUUUUAGGAACUUGUUCCAUGCCUUUUAACAUUAGAAUAAAUUCGUUUUCUCAACAACAUAGAGAGGCUGACUACGAACCUGAACUGCAUCCGGGAGUCACAUACAAAAUUCAAAAUCCUAAAGCAACCUUGAAGAUAUUUUCCACUGGAAGUGUUACAGUUACAGCUCCCAGUGUUGCAGACGUCCAAGCAGCAAUAGAGUACAUUUUUCCACUAAUAUACGAGUUUCGUAAGGAACGUUCCAAAGAAGAAACUGAAGCCCUUGACAAAAAGAAAAGAGCUAAAGAAAGUUUGCACAGUGGUGUGGAUCCUACUCUAGCAGUUGCUGAAUGUGAAGAAGAAGAGGAAAUGGAAACAGACAGAGAAAAUUGGGGCGAUUAGGCAACGCUGGAACCUAACGUUAUUAAUAGAAUAUUUCUUUGUUUCAUUUCAAAGAAGCGAGUUAGUUUUUUAUUUAACAUUGUGAUUGAUUACUGAUUGCUUCGGUAAAUAUUUUUUCCUUAUACUAUGGAAAUGCUAUUACUGACUAGUCAAGAUUCGUAUUGAUUUCGACUACCUACUUCUCAUACAUGUUAUUUAUUUAAAAUAUAACCAAAUAAUGAGACUGCGGAAAUUUUAUGUUUUAUAUUAUUUUUCUUUAUAUAAAACAAUAAAAGGUAUUUGUUGUUUUUUGACUUUUGAGUAUGAUUGAAGCAUUUAUUUGAGAUUUUUGCUGAUUUUUAUUUCUGUUCUGGUCGGGAAUGCAAUUUUCUCUUUUUUUUUGGAAAAUAAUUAUUGAACAUGAUACUCGUCUUGAUAUUUUGUUUCUAUUCUUAACCUUUUGGGACCACUGAGCAGUAGGUACUCAACGUGAUUAUUCUAAAUACAACACAGAAAGAUAAGCUUGCAUUUAUUUAUGUCCUAAAAGAUAUCAAAAACUAUGAAAUAUUUUGAAAGUUUGAACGGGUCCCAAAAGGUUCAAGUUGACGUCACAAUCUUAUUGCCUUAUUAUGUUUAGAUAUAAAUUAAUAAUUUAUUCUUGUUCUUCCCACCACUAAUGCUUUAGUUACAAGUUUUUGUGUAGAUAUUAGAGUACGUUAGAGUUUGUACCUUAAUUAUAGAUAAAUUAAGAUUGCCUAAGUAACUAGUAGUAAUUAGCAAAAAAUAAAUAAAUGUGGAUGUCAUAAUAUUAUAUGGACUGACUUGUUAAAAAUACUUUCUUAAUUAGCCCUUGUAUUUUUAUUUUGGCCAAAACAACGAUUCUCGAUUGGUUGAUAAUGGCAUUCAUCAGCAGAAUAUGAGGGCUAUUAGGUAAACUCUAAUAUCCUAUUAGUAGUAAAAUAAUGUCGAACUGAAUCUCCUUUACAUAUUGUACAACUUAAAUUCAAUAAUAUAAGUGCUAUAUCCUUUUUUUACGUGAGAGGUGUCUCAUAGAUAUCAAAAUAAAAAGACAUUUUAAAUAAUUUUGAGACCACCUACCAAGUGUCUUAUGUCAAAGAAAAAGCGAAUAUUGGGGCAUAUCGAACAUUACCCAUUAUGAUCCGUUCCAUGUGUAGUAAAUAGCGUUUUUUCGGUGUAACUGUCAAUGUCAUGUUCACCUUAGCAAAAAGCAAAUAUUACUGUUAUUGUCCUACAUGACUCCCCCCUCAAUGCCUUAUGAUCUAGUAAUAACAUGUUUACAUUUUUUUAGGAGAACCAAAAAUCUUAUAAAUUUGAGUAGUAACUAUUAUUGAGAAUUUAUGUAUAGUUUCAUUAAAUUACUAUACUGGAUCCAACAGCAAUUUAAUUAAUAGUUUCUUCAUCAGUCAAUUUGUUGUGAUUUUUUCACUGAAUUUGCAUAAGCCUUAGAUGUGACUUUCAAAAAUUAAUAAAACGAACACUUAGAUUUAUUGGUUCUAUUUUUCUAUUAGUUCCCCUAUUAUUGGCAUCCUGACAGUAUUAGGGUUUUCCUAGCAAUAAAUUUGAAAAAGACAUCUGUUGGAUUAAAAGUGAAAAAUUGUUAUAGUAUAUUUAAACCUUAUACCAAAAUCUUCUUUUAGUGAUUUGUAGAGUUUCAAUUUUGUACAGUGUUUUUAUUUUGAAGCUCUUUUAAUUAUUACUUAUGUAUUAAUUAAUACUUUUUUGUUCUGUAUUGCGCCAAGUUGUU